GCUCCGAGCGCUGCGCUGCGCCCCGCCAGCCCCGCGGCACCGGCAGCGGUGAGCGUGGCAGGCUAUGGGAUGGAUGAAGCUGAGCAGGACCAGUAUGAAGUUCGCCUCAAGGAGCUCUUUGACAGCUUUGACAGCACAGGCACGGGCUCCCUGGGCCAGGAGGAGCUCACUGACCUCUGCCACGUGCUGCACCUGGAGGAGGUGGCCCCAGCCCUGCAGCAGACCCUGCUCCAAGGAAACCUCCUAGGCAGGGUCCACUUUGAUCAGUUUAAAGAAGCACUUAUCCUCAUCUUAUCCAGAACCCUGUCAAAUGAGGAGCACUUCCAAGAAUCAGAUUGCUCCCCAGAAGCACAGCCCAAGUACAUCAAGGGCGGCAAACGCUACGGGCGCCGCUCGCUGCCGGAGUUCCCCGAGUCUGUGGAGGACUUUGCCGAGGUGACAGUCAUCGAGCCGCUGAGCGAGGAGCCACAUCCUGCCCACAUUGCUGCCAGCCAGGAGCACUGGAAGACGCGAGGCAGCGAGGAGUACGAGGCCGAGGGGCAGCUGCGCUUCUGGAACCCAGACGACCUCAACGCCUCCCCUGGGGCCUCCCCGAGCCCAGACUGGAUCGAGGAGAAGCUCCAGGAGGUCUGUGAGCACCUGGGCAUCACCAGGGAUGGGCACCUGAACAGGAAGAAGCUGGUGUCCAUCUGUGAGCAGCACGGGCUGCAGGCGGCGGCCGGCGAGGUGCUUGAGGAGGUGCUCCAUAACCUGGAGCAAGAUGGGACCAUGAGCAUAGAGGAUUUCUUUUAUGGCCUGUUCAGAAAUGGGAAAUCUCUCACCCCCUCAGCAUCCACUCCGUACCGGCAGCUGAAACGCCACCUCUCCAUGCAGUCCUUCGAUGAGAGCGGCCGGCGCACGACCACCCCCUCGGCCAUGCCCAGCACCAUCGGCUUCUCCCUCUUCUCCAGCCUGGAUGAUGGCAUGGGCUAUGGCUGUGUGGAGGAGGUCCUGGACUGCUGGCACCAGGAGGGCAUCGAGAACAGCCAGGAGAUCCUGAAGGCUCUGGACUUCAGCUUGGAUGGGAAGGUGAACCUGACGGAGCUGACGCUGGCGCUGGAGAACGAGCUCCUGAUCACCAAGAAUGGGGUGCACCAGGCAGCCCUGGCCAGCUUCAAAACCGAGAUCAGGCACUUGCUGGAGAGGUUUGACCAGGUGGCCAGGGAGAAGGAGAAGCUGCGCUCGGACCUGGAGAAGGCAGAGAAGCUGAAAUCCCUGAUGGCCUCAGAGGUGGACGAUCACCACGCGGCCAUCGAGCGCCGUAACGAGUACAACCUCAGGAAGCUGGAUGAGGAGUACAAGGAGAGAAUCUCUGCCCUGAAGAACGAGCUGCGCAGGGAGCGGGAGCAGAUCCUGCAGCAGGCCAACAAGCAGAGGCUGGAGCUGGAGCAGGAGAUUGAGAAGCUGAAAACGGAGGAGAAUUACACCCGGGACCGCCUGGGCCUGGCCCUGAAGGAAAACAGCCGCCUGGAAAACGAGCUCUUGGAAACAGGAGAAAAACUGGCUGAGUGUGAAAGUCUGGCAAGCAAGCUGCAGAGGAACUUGGAAAAUGUCCUGGCUGAGAAGUUUGGUGACCUGGAUCCCACCAGUGCAGAGUUUUUCCUGCAGGAGGAGAGGCUGGCCCAGAUGAGGAGCGAGUACGAGCAGCAGUGCAGGGAGCUGCAGGACCAGAUUGAUGAGCUGCACUCAGAGCUGCAGGAGUUCCGUGCCCAGGGCAGAGUGCUCAGGCCUGCCCUGAGGAAUUCCCUGUCAGAGGAGUUUGACAUUGACAUGAAGAGCCAUGGCACCAGUGGGAUUGAGCCUGACCAAGGACUCGGUUCAGAAGACUGCAACCCAUUAAAUAUGAGCAUAGAGGCAGAAAUGGCCAUUGAGCAGAUGAAGGAGCAGCACCACAGGGAUCUGCAUCACCUCAAACAGGAGCUUGAAGACACAGUGAGCCAUUAUGAAAAGCAGCUGGAUGAGACAAAAGCCCACUGGGAAAAGGAGCAAGAGGAUCUGAGGCAGAAGUGUGCUGAGGAGAUGAACGCCAUGGAACAGCAGAUCACUGGCUUCAAAACUCAAAUAGCAGAGCUGCAGGGAGAGGCAGCAGCGCUCAGAGAGCAGCAGGAGAAGCUCAGCCGCAAACACAGCGAGGAGAAAAACAAAUUACAGCUGCGUUUUGACGAGGAGAAAGCCAACCUGCAGGAGCUGCUGAGGCAGGAGCAGGAAGCUGAGGUCAGGGCCAGAGUGGAGCAGCUGAGUGAGGGGUUCAGGCAGGAGCGGGAGGAGCUGACCCAGAAGAGCGCCUGGGUGCAGGAGGAGAUGAGAGCGGCGGUGCAGAGCCUGCAGCAGGAGAAGGGGCGGCUGGAGCAGGGCUUCCAGGAGCAGCUGAGGAGGCUGGCAGAGCUGCACGCCCUGGAGAAGGAGGAGCUCCAGCAGGAGCUGCUGAGGAAGCACCAGCAGGAGCUGGAGGAGGAAAGGUGUGAGGCCGAGAAGCUCCGCGAGGAAAACGCCGUCCUGAAAAACGAGGUGACCCUGUUAAAUGAGGAGGGGAGCGCCUCCAGCCUGAAACUGCGGGAGCUGAAUGGAUCCAGGGAAGAAAUGAGGCAGAAAAUAGAGGCUGUGCGAAAAGAGAAAGUGGCUGUGCAGAAGAUGGUGGACAACCUGAAAAAGCAGGUGGCUGAUCUGAAGACCAGGAACCAACAGCUGGACUCUGAAAAUACAGAACUCAGCCAGAGGAACUCCAAGAACCAGGCAGAUGUGCAGGAUCUCAACCAACAGCUGGCAAGGGUGCUCAAGCAGAAGGAGAGGGAAGAGGGGAAGUGCACUCUGGAAGAAUGGGAAAAGGAGAGGCUGCUGCUGAAAGAGGAGCUGGAAAACUCCAAAAUCGAGUCAUCAAAUAUGGUGUCAUCCUUGGAGAUGGAUUUGUCCAAAAUGAAGGUCCAAGCUCAUCUACUGGAGCAGGAGAACCACAUCCUCAAGCAGGAGCUGGAGAAGACAAAGCAGGUGCCCAGGUGUCCUGAUCUUGCUGAGCUUCAGAAUGAAGUUGCAGGUUUGAUCGCUAAAAAUGAAAAGCUGCAGAAAGAGAAAGAAGCCCUGAGUGAGGAACUGAACAGAUGCAUUGAGAAGGUGGCUCAGGUCAGCUGCCUGGAGAGUGCAGUUGGCAGCUUGGAGCAGGAGCAGAAAUCCUGGGAGCAGCAGAGCCAGGCACUGAAAGCACAGCUCAGCCUCUCCCAGGACAAGGUUCAGAGCCUGAGUGAAGCUCUGCAGAGCAGCAACCUCCAAAUGUCCCGGCUGAAAUCCGACCUGCAGCUGACACAGCAGGAGAAGGAAAGUCUGGAACAAGAAGUGAUGGCACUGCACAAACAGCUGCAGGGCACCAGUGAAAAGGUAAAGGCAUCUCAGGAGAACCUGGUUCUGGAAGUGGCUGUGCCUCCCUCAGGGCUGCAGGAGCAGCAGGGGCCCAUCCCCUGGGAUGAGCAGGAGCUGCUCAGGCAGGACCACGAGAGGCUGCAGAGGGAAGUGCAGAGCACAAAAACAGACCUGGCCCACUGCAGGGAAAAGAUCCGACAGCUGGAAUCCACAAUCCUGUCCCUAAAGCACCAGAAGCACCAAAGCCAGGCAGGGAUUGUCAAAGCCAUGGAGCAGGAGAAGCUGAGCUUGAAGAGGGAGUGUGAGCAGCUGCAGAAGGAGCUGUCAUCUGCAAACAGGAAGAUCAGUCAGAUGAAUUCUCUUGAACGUGAACUGGAAAGCAGCUCAGAAAAUGAAGGGCUGAGAAAAAAGCAAGUCAAGCUGGAUGAUCAGUUAAUGGAGAUGCUCCAGUCCAGGGGGAUGCAUAGCCAGAGCUCCCAGCAGCGAGGCUGUGCCACGGUGCCCAGGGAACAGUUCCUGCAGCUCCAGCAGCAGCUGCUGCAGGCGGAGAGGAGGAGCCAGCACCUCCAGGAGGAGCUCCAGAGCAGAGCCUCAGGGACAAACAUGCAGCAGGAGGGUCAUGAGCAGCUCCUAAAAAUGAUGGAAGAGAGAAUGAUGGAUGUGGAGCAGAAAUUAAGGCUUGUGAAGAGGCUUCUCCAAGAUAAAGUCAAUCAGCUGAAAGAACAACUUUCCAAGAACACCAAGGCAGAUGCCAUGGUCAAGGAUCUCUACGUGGAGAACGCGCAGCUGCUGAAGGCUCUGGAGGCGACAGAGCAGAGGCAGAAAACUGCAGAGAGGAGAAAUUAUCUACUGGAAGAGAAAAUUGCCAAUCUCAACAGAAUAGUGAAGAAUUUGGCCUCCCCCUCCUUCAGCCCAGAGAUCAGGUCAUAGCAAAGCUGUUGUGUGUCACAGCCCCUGCACUUUACUGAAAUGGGAAUAUUUCAGCUUCUCACUGCGUUGCCUUUUCUACUGAAUGAGUUUUGGUUACAAAUGCCUCCCCAGAGAGCACAGAGCUGAUUCCCAAAAUGGACACUACCAAAGGAGAAUUUUGUUGGUUCCCAAAUUGGGUUUUUGCUAAGUUUUGCCUAAAAAUAAUCAUCACUAUGUAAAAAACUUCAAACUUAUGUUUUUCUAGGUUAACCUAUUUUGAUGCCUUGGCUUUCAUUACAAUCCAAAUUCUGAAUUACCUGUACUGGAUCAUCUAGAUUGAAGCAAAGGCCUAAAGAAAACUCAGACUGUUGAACUGAAAACUUAAUAUAUUCAGCUUUCUAAAAUAGCUCCAAACCUAGAAAUGCUGAUGGGUCAGUCUUCAACACUCAGCAAAAAUGUAAUUGAAGGCAAGACUUUGCUGCUAUGGGCUGUGUCCUGUGAACUUAUUCUGGUUUCUCUAAAGCAAUUAUUCAUCUGGUUUCUCUAAAGCAAUUAUUCAUUAGGCUUCUGGGUUGUUCUUCAUGGCUGUUCCUCUGCAGAGCUCAGAAAAAAGAGAUUUAUUUAAAAUACAGAACUAGACUACUGCCUCCAACUAAGUGUGACAAUAUUUCAUCUGAAGGAAUUUCCCAACUAGCAAAUAAAGACUAUAAUUUCCUUUUUUUUUAAGCUGUGCUGCCAGACAACUCUGAAUUGUAGAGGCCUUACUGGUUUUGUAUAUGGAAAUAAGUUAAACCCAGGAAGAGUCACUCAGCAGAAGCAGAGCUGGGAGCUUUGUGUGAUUUGUGAAUUCAGUAAAGCAGUGCAGUGCGUUUAUUAAACUGCUGGCAGAAGAAUGGAGAGGAGCACUGGGAUGAUUUUGUCAGUGGGAUCCUGGUGUUGGAGCCCUCAUGAGCAUGGAGCUUUGCAGGAAUGCAGCAUUUGCUCUGACCUGAGGAAUCAUUUGGAAAAGUCUUGUCUUUCGUGUUAAUCCUAGUGCAGAACCUGUCAUUAGUUGUGAAGAAACACAUUCAGUGUAAUCAUGAAGAACUCAGGGAGCAGCAGCCUAAAUCAGCUUCCUUCGGCUGUAAAUGUGGGUAUAAAUGUCAGCAGAGGGAGGUAAGCACCCCUGAGGGAAAGCAGGACAAAACAAAUUGGAUUUGGGUCAGUAUUUCCUUGGUGCUCCUUACCCAGGUUCCAGAGGAGCAUCGAGGUUUGGGAUGAGUGGAAAAAUGAAAUUUUUUUGGGAACACCUUCAAGACAGAGGGGUUUGCCAGAGGAGCAGCUGGAUGAGAGCCUGCCUGCUCAAGGGGGUAUGUGUUAUCCUGCCCUGCCUCCCCUAAAACAGUCAGACACAAUUAAACAUUGGAAAUAAACUGGGGCCAUUCUGGAGUACUUGAAACUGGACCUCUUUAAAUGCAAGGUUGGGAGGGGGAGGAAGAGGUGUUUUGUCUCAGAGACCACUGGCAAGCUGAUCAUUGUGUCAGGAGCCAGAAUUCCUCCAGAAACUGGGGUAAAACUGCCUGCAAGCUGUGGAGGAGCAGGUGGAAAAUGAGAUUUGCUGUGUACUGAUGUGGCUGAGAGGAUGUUCUCUGUGUCUCUGGGGUUAUUCACCCAUUUUGGAGGGGUUGUGGACUGAACCCACAAACCCCAAAGACACAGGGAGUGACUUUUUCCUCCUCCUUUUCCUCCUCUAUUGCUUUGUGCAGGCAACAAAGUGGAAAUGGAAAUAGAAUCAUGGAAUAACAUCACGUUGGAGUCCUCAUAAAUUAUUUCACUGCUGUGCUCUUCUUAUUGCAUGUAGUGGAGAUUUCUCCAAGUCAUCCCAAAUUCAAGGAUUUAGAUUUUUUCAGAGGCUGCAAAAAUAUUUUCACAAACUGGAAGUGUCUUAAAAUUAUAGAAAUCUGAGGGUUUGAAAAGCUGAAGUAGUGAUUUAUUGGUGUUUUCAUCACAAAGUGGUGUGAGUUACAUGAUAAUAAAUCUGUGUGGGUACCAGGGCUGUGUGUUGGCAAAGUGGGAACUGAGCACACCCUAAACCCAUGCUCUGGAAAUCAGCAAAGUUCCAAAAUAAUUCCAGGAAACAAAAGAAAUAAGGUUCAGAACUGUAUUUGUAAAAAAAUAUUAUCUAGUACAUUUAAAGACUACUUCAUACCUUGACCUUGAUUUACCUGUGUCUGUGACCAAAGUAUGAAAGGAAGGAAUGAAUAUUUCACUUAAAUUAUUGUGCAAUUAUUUUCAUGUUGCUCAAUUUAAAGGCUGGACUAAUUCUUUUAAUCUCCUGGUAGUUACCAGGCUUUUAUAAACCAAACACAGACAUUGCUAGAGCACAGCACCAAAAAGGGAGAAGCAGAAAUAGGGAAAAGGGACUUUUGGUUUUUUCCCUUUCUCCCCUAUCCUACUUUGCUGUAUUUUCACUAAACCUCAGAAAAAAACCAACUUAACUACAGGAGAGAGGAGGAGGAAAACGUGCUGUUGGUAAAAACUCCAAUUUCACAGGAAGAUUUGUGUGGAUUGAUUCUCAGAAGUGCCUUUUGCCUUCCUGUCCUGUAGUGGCUGGGGUGCCACAGGACAAUUCAGGACAAUCCCUUCCCACAAGGAGGGAUCCCAGAGAAAGGCAGAGCUGCUUCCACACGUUGCUCCUGAGUUCAGUGUGGCAGCUCAGAGGAGAAGCAGCUGUUUUACAGAGUCCAGGCUACUGAAAAUAAGCAUAGAAACACAUAAUUUAUUAAGCAUUAGGGGUGUUUUGUGCAUGAAUGUGUCUCCUAUGCAGAAUAGGCAAAAAAACCAAAGUAUUUAAUGUUAUUGUUGCUGUCAGAAAUCACUGAACUUUUAGGCCUUGUUCCUACAACAGGCCCUGCCAUGUCAGAUAUGAACUACUUCAUUACCAGGUGGUGUUUUAAAUGUUUUCAGCUCUUACUUUAUGAAUCACUGUGAAAAUAAAGGCACAUAGACAUUUCAGGUUGGGGGUUCUGGAAGGGGACAGACCCCAGGUUAAACAGAGGUGUACAAAAUUCACGCAGCUCAAGUGCUGCUUGUCAGUUUAGAAUGAUUUAAAAGUCUUCAUUGUGGCACAUGCUGCAAGUGGGACUUUAAAUACAAGGAAAAAUGGAGUUGUUUGAAUUCUGCUUGGGGAAAGAAACAGGAUAUUAACAUUUUUUAUUUUAGCCAGGUUAUAUGUUAGGUAUAGCAGGGGGGAACAGUCUGGAUUGAUAAAGAGUAAAAUCCUUUUGUUUACUUCCAGCAAAUGCCAUCCCUGUCACUCAGGUUUUCCAUCAUUUACCUGUCCAAUCUCUGUUCGGUGUCGUUUCAUGACAAACAACUUGUGUAUAAAGGAAAACAAAUGUAUAUUAUUUUUUUUCUAUUGAGUUUGUUUUGUUCUGGUGUAAUAUAUUGUCCUUAGAACAUCAUGUAAAGCAGAGAGAUGAAGCAACUGAUACAUUAUUUAUAAUGAGCAUAAAAAAU